AUGAUGGGAAACUCCACUCAGAUUUCUUUCUUCACAUUCACUGCUUACUUCCACAGUGGACAGCUGAAAUCUGUCUAUUUUAUCACUGUUCUGCUCCUCUAUCUGUUCAUAGUUCUUUCUAAUGUUCUGCUUGUUGUGGUCAUCGUUUUAAACAGAAGCUUACAUGAACCCAUGUACAUGUUUCUGUGCAGCCUGUUUGUUAAUGAGCUGUAUGGUAGUACAGGGCUGUUUUUCCUUCUGAUGGUUCAGAUUCUCUCAGACAUUCACACCAUUUCUCCUUCCUUCUGCUUCCUGCAGAUUUUCUGUUAUUACUCAUACGGAGGUGUGGAGUUCUGGAUGUUAUCCAUCAUGUCUUAUGACCGAUACCUCUCUAUCUGCUUUCCUCUGCAGUAUAACGCACGAAUGACCACUAACAAAGUCUUCUCUCUCAUUGCAGCAAGCUGGCUGAUUCCUUCUCUGGUCGUUACUGUUAAAACUUUACUGAUUAUCCCUUUAAAACUGUGCAGGAGCGAUGUUGAUAAAGUGUACUGUGACUUCUUCUCCGUGGUUAAGCUGGCGUGUGAUGACACCACAGUGAAUAACCUCUAUGAGCUCAUAUCUGCCUCCGCCCUGAUCUCCUGUAAUGUUGCAGUGAUUCUGUAUUCUUACACCAGGAUCCUCAGAGUCUGUUUCUCUGGAUCCAAACAGACCAGACAGAAGGCCGUCAGCACCUGUGCUCCUCACCUGGCUUGUCUCUUCAACUUUUGCUUUGGACUUUUUUUUAAUGUAGUCCAGAGCAGGUAUGAUAUGAGCAGUGUCCCCAAUAUGCUGAGAAUCUUUCUGUCUCUGUACUUCAUCACAUGUCAGCCUCUCUUCAACCCUCUGAUGUACGGACUGAGGCUGUCGAAGAUCCGGAUCAAAUGUAGGAGUCUGAUUUCUGCUUGA